GAGGCUGGGGCUGGGUGAGGGUUUACACGCCGCCCGCCCGCGGAAACAGCAGCAGCCACGCUCAACCUCCCUGCCCCUCCAACAACAGCACCGCCUCUCCCCUGCAGCGUCAGCCCGGGGACUCCCUCUUUCUCCUCCUUCUCUCCUCGCCUGGCCAGACCUGGGGCAGCGCAGAAUGCGCCCAGCUGCUGCGUUCUGAUCGCCCUCCCACAGCCGCCGUAGCCGCCGCCGCCACCGCGAUGAUCUCCCCGGAACAGCAGCAGCAACAGCAGCAGCUGCAGCAGCAACAGCAGCCCAACCAUGUCGUGGCCACCAUCGAGAAUCUGCCGGCCGAGAGCAGUGGGAGCAGCGGCGGGAGUCUCUCUGCCUCGUCCGCCUCCAGCGUGCGCCAGAGGAUCAGGAAAAUGCUGAACAGAGAAAUGAUGAUCUCUGUGGCCCUCGGACAGGUGUUAUCCCUUCUUAUCUGUGGCAUUGGUCUAACCAGCAAGUACCUGUCUGAUGAUUUUCACGCCAACACUCCAGUUUUUCAGAGUUUCCUUAAUUACAUCCUCCUCUUCUUGGUCUACACUACAACACUAGCUGUCAGACAAGGAGAAGAAAACUUGCUGGCAAUUUUGAGGCGAAGAUGGUGGAAAUAUAUGAUCCUAGGCAUCAUAGAUCUAGAAGCAAAUUACCUGGUAGUCAAAGCUUACCAGUAUACCACACUGACCAGUGUGCAGCUCUUGGACUGCUUUGUCAUCCCAGUAGUGAUACUCUUGUCCUGGUUCUUUCUGCUAAUCCGAUACAAGGCUGUGCACUUUGUUGGCAUUGUGGUCUGCAUUCUGGGAAUGGGCUGCAUGGCAGGAGCUGAUGUUCUUGUGGGAAGACAACAAGGAGCAGGAGAAAAUAAGCUGAUAGGCGACCUCUUAGUCCUUGGAGGAGCUACACUCUAUGGCAUCUCAAACGUGUGGGAAGAAUACAUCAUCCGAACCCUGAGCCGGGUCGAAUUUCUUGGAAUGAUUGGACUCUUUGGUGCCUUCUUCAGUGGAAUUCAACUGGCUAUAAUGGAGCACAAGGAGCUCUUGAAGGUACCCUGGGAUUGGCAAAUCGGACUGUUGUACGUUGGCUUCAGUGCCUGCAUGUUUGGCCUGUACAGCUUCAUGCCAGUAGUCAUAAAGAAAACCAGUGCAACAUCCGUCAACCUCAACCUUCUCACUGCAGACCUGUACAGCCUGUUCUGUGGAUUGUUUCUCUUCCACUACAAGUUUUCAGGACUUUAUCUCCUGUCCUUCUUCACUAUCCUCAUCGGGCUGGUGCUCUACUCCUCCACCUCCACAUACAUAGCCCAGGAUCCUCGGGUAUACAAGCAGUUUCGAAACCCAUCAGGAACUGUUGUAGACUUACCAGCCUCUGGGCAAGUGGAACCUUCAGUCACCUAUACCAGCCUAGGUCAAGAGAUGGAAGAAGAACCCCAUGUGCGAGUUGCCUAGGAUUAGGCUCUCCCAACUCACUGAGGAUGACUCAGUGGCCACAUGUAUGCCCAUCAUCUCUGUAUUGUAAAUAGAGAAAGGUAUUUACCAGGUGCAGUUUACACAGGUGGACUGCAAGGUAGCAAAUUGAAAGCCUCUUGCAAAGAACAAACUCAUUAUCCCUAGAGACCCAGACUCCAAAACAACCUACUUAGAGAGGUGUCUGUCUAGGGUGCACAUUGACCGCAAUUCCCUCUGCAUCAAUUACUGUGAAAUGUUUUGAAUCAAAAGAUAGUAUUAUUAUUGUUUUUUAUUAUUAUUACUGUUAUUAUUAUUGAACCAAUAUUCAAGAGGGGAUUUUGCACACCACCCUCAUCUCUAUCCCAAAUACAAAUCAAAAUACCAUGUUCUACAAGCAGUCACAUAAAUUCCACUUUUCUAUGACAAGUCACUUUUUAAGAAUCAUAUUUAAUUUUUUUUUCUGCAUAGACUUUGUGAGUGAUGCAUGCUGCAGGAGCUCCACCCCAGAAAAGCUUAGUAGACCUAGGAAUUUGGUGGUUAAUGGUUAAUCUACCACCUGUUGGAUUACCAGCUCAAUAUGUCAUCUGUGCUAAGACCCUUGUGGGGAGGGGCAACUGACCAUAUAAUUCUCUAUUCUAGGAAUAGAUCUAAAAUGAGCAUUUUAGCCUUUUUAUAUUUGCAAUCACUACAUACUGCUCCAGUCAUUGCCUUCUGUUGUGCCAUGAGAUUUCUGCCAACCAAGUCCUUAUGAUAAUAGGGUCAAAAAUCUAUCAUUGCUAUAGGUUAUGGAGAAACUCUAGAAAUCACAUCUUUUUUCCCCAAGAUUUUUUUUUACCCAAAUCUAUUCUCCCUAAUGCUUCCUCUUCUCUCCCUAUUACACACACACAUCUCCCAGGUUUUUUUUUAUUUUCCUCCACUUUUUAGAUCUUUUUUGGUGAGAUAAUAUGGAACAAAAUCAAGGCAUCUUAUUAUGAGACUCCCUUUUUUCUAAGUGUACCAAUAAAUAAAUGAUGUUCAUUUUGUAAGUUUAACUGAUUUGCCACCCACAAAAGAGUUUAAGAACAAAAACUUUACAGGCACCAAGAGCAAUUCAGUUGACUUGACUCCAUCACAGUGGUAGAGAUACCAUCAUUUUACAAUUAUUCAUUUGAAGAAUGCUUGAUGCCCAUCUGGCAAGUAGAACUAAUCUUUUAAAAUGUCAUAUUCUUAAUCUGUCUUGCCUUUUCUUUCUUUGGGUAACAAGAAUAUGAUACAUUUUCCCCCUGAAAAUGUCUUUUUUUCAAGGAUUAGAAGUCAAGAAGCAAAAAAAGAACCUAAUUUCCCAGUAGUAGCUAUAACCUAUAAGUACAUGAAAUAUCUUUUAUGUUUGGUUGAUGCAGAAAAGAUAAUUGAUAAAGGUAAAGGGUAUAGAAAAGGUAAAUGUUUGCGAGAAUUUUUAAGUCAGAUAAACAUAUGUGCAAAUAUUAAGCACACCAACUACACCAUAGGUUUUCUGCAAAAUAGAAAAGAACAUUGGUACUACUUUUGACAUGCUCAAAUAGCAAGAUAGUUCUAAAGGAUUUGAAUCAGGCCAAUACUCUUAUUAAAGUUGAAAUCUCUGCCUUAGUAUUAAUCUAAAAGUGUGUGAAUUGGUUUUAUAUUUUUCAACAAUGGAAGAAAUAAUCUGGCCAUGUCCUCAUUCCAGGAGAAAAAUCCCUUGGGACAGGUGAGAAAAACACUUAUGUUCAAAAUCCAUUGUCUUCUCGAAUAACCCCUUAAAAGAAUGUGUUUAUUUUCUGGAAAAAUCACUGUGCUAAGAUUCUCCCAAUCCUGAGGAAUCCUGUCAUCUCCUGUAUUCUCUGCUACCUUUUAAACCAAUUAAAUACCUUUCUCUGAACAUUAUGUCUAUUUGGGUCUAAAGACCUUUAAAGAUUGUGGUUUUAUUUUGUGUUUACAUUCCUUCAUUUUGCAUACUUUUCUUGAUUUACCCUGUUUUUAGUAUUUAUUUUUAAGCCAAAUGUUUGUAGUCUUCUUUUUUAUUCAUUUUUAUGAUACUAAUUUGUAGAUAUUUAGUAGUCUUAUUAGGAACAAGUGGAUUGAAGGCAUUUCCAGGUCAGUUCACUGGCUUGGGAGUUUUUAAAAAUUUAAAUUAAAAAAAAAGAUUUGCAAUCAACAGAUGGCUUACAUCUGCCAUUUGAAACAUUUUUAUAGAAUAUUUUAAUUGACUCCAUUGUAUGGAAACCAAGUGUGAAUGUUUAGAAAUGCACUGUACAUCCUUUAUCACCACUCAGCAAGCUCACCUCACAAAGACCUUUUCAUCACUGGAGUCACUUAACAGUGUUGCUUUCUUUCUUCUUCAAGUAAAGGGGUGGAUAAUUGUGUUGGACUGACCCUCAGAUCAGAAGAGUUCAAGGGCCCCCAGGAAAAAACAAUGGCAUACAAGCCUUCCUGUUGUAUACAAAUACAAAAAAAGUUUUUAGUCUAGUAAGGAAGGAUGGGAAGGGGGAGAUAAGAAAGAUAAUGCCAUUCCAAGUGUUCUGUUUCCUACAAUUUUAGAACCUUUGUAGACACCAGCAGCAAUUCAAUUCUUCAGCUCACAACUCUCCACUGGUUGAAUGAGACUUUAGCAAUGUGGGGCAGUGGUUACAUAAACCAGAGGUCUUGUCAACAUCACCAUCCCUUGGGAACUGAGCAGCCCUUAGCAAGAUAGGGGUAAUUUUUAGCUACUAAAUGGAAACCUACCUAACCCUUCUCCCACCGAGAAUGGGCUGGACCUCCCAAAAUCAUGGCUAUCUUGGUUCCAGAUUUCUACAGCUGUCAACUUGGAAACACCCAACAUGAUAGACCAAGCAAUUGAAAAAAAAUUGCAUCACUGUGUCAUAAUGGAAAAGUUUCAGUGUUUAGUUUAGAUAUUGCUAACUUGUGCUAUUAACCUUCUGACAAGCGUGUAGUAUGUUUUUUGUUUCAUUUUGUUUGCGUUAAAGCCAUUUCAUAGUCCCAAGCUAGCUAAAAGGAAAAACUUUACCCCAUGGGUAGGAUUCUACUGGUAAACCCCAUAAUAAGCACACUAACCCUGACCAUUGCAAAUGGGAAUCUAAACCAAAAAGAAAAGAAGAAAAAAAAAAAAAAAAAAGAAUCUGCACCAAUAUGCUGAAUCAACACUUUCUCCAUUUUUGAUAUUUGCAUGCUCCUAUAUGGACUGGCUGUGGCAAUGUAAUGCCUGUAUAAUGUUUUCAAAUAAAAAUAAAUGCUUUAUGAAAGCAAAAGGU